AUGGAUCACCGACAAAAGAGAAGUGGGGUGCAUACUUCACACAGCUCGAGCACGACGGCGGAUAUACGGCAGGUGCAAAAUGUUGCUUUUGCCGAUGCGACGGCAAAGGCGAAUGUGAAGCCAUGGACAAAAGCCAUGUUCAAGCUUUACCUCUGUCUCUUCAUCGCAACCCUCAACUCAUGUAUAAACGGCUACGACGGCUCUCUCAUGGGCGCAAUAAACAGCUACCACCAAUACCGCUCCUACUUUGGCUUCAACAUCGACGAAGGCACACCCACCACCGGUAUCGUUUACGCAAUCUACACCAUCGGUAACCUCGUCGGUUCGUUUGUCGCAGGCCCCGCCACGGAUUUCAAAGGAAGGAAAUGGGGAAUGUUCAUUGGGACGUCCAUCAUCAUCUUCGGCGCGUGCAUACAAGCUACCUGCACUAACCUAGGCGGUUUCAUGGGCGGGAGAUUCGUGUUGGGGUUUGGUGUUGCGAUUACCUCUACGGCGGGACCGGCGUAUGUCAGUGAGAUGGCGCAUCCAAGUUAUCGAGGCGUAUGCACGGGAAUUUUCAAUACGUUCUGGUAUGUUGGUGGUAUUCCAGGAAGUUUCGUGCCAUAUGGAACCAGCAACAUUGCCGGGAGUCAAAGUUGGAGGAUUCCAAUCUUUCUGCAAAUGAUAUUUGCAGGUAUUGUUCUAGUUUGUUCACCGUUUCUACCAGAGACGCCUCGAUGGCUCAUCGCAAACGACCGCCACGAAGAAGCACUAGACACAAUGGCAAAAUUCCACGGCGAAGGCAACCGCGACUCCCCCAUCGUCAAACUCGAAUACAAAGAAAUGGUCGAAGACAUCAGCGUCACCGGCUCCGACAAACGCUGGUGGGACUACCGCGAACUCUUCAACUCGCGCGAAGCGCGGUAUAGAACCAUGCUCGUAGUCGCCAUGGCCUUUUUCGGCCAAUGGUCUGGAAACGGGCCUGUGAGCUACUACUACCCAACCAUGUUACAAGGCGCCGGCAUCACAAGCAACCACACGCGUCUCCUCUUCAACGGCAUGCAAAACGUCGUUUCCUUCAGCGGCGCCAUUUUCGGCGCCGUCUACACGGAUUCCUGGGGCCGAAGACCACAAUUACUGGUUUCCACGGGCUUGCUCGUCGGCGUCUUCGCCAUUGUGUGUGCGCUCGUUGCUACGAAUUUGAAAACGGGAGAGGAUGGCAAGCCAAUUUAUCUGGAUGAUGGGAGGACACCUGAUAUUAAGCGGCCGGGGCAGGCGAGAGCGGUAAUUGCGUUUGUGUUUAUUUGUGGGUUUAUUUACAGUACGGGUUAUACGCCUUUGCAGCAGUUGUAUCCGGUGGAGUGUUUGCGGUAUGAGAGUCGGGCGAAGGGGAUGGCUUUUUAUAACUUUUGGGUUAAUGUGGCGAAUUUUUAUAAUACGUUUGUUACGGGGAUUGCGUUUUCGGGGGCGGGGUGGAAGUACUACUUCCUCUUCAUCUUCUGGGAUAUGUUCGAAUUCACAAUCAUCUACUUCUUCUUCGUCGGAUUCCGCGUCGUCGCCCUCGCCCACGAGGCGGUUGGUUUCCGAAGACUCGAGGCUCACGGCGCGCAUGGUCCCUAUUUCGCGAGAAUGUUCAAGACAACAAAUACUCGCGGCCAGAUCCUCCGGAAAAGAUAA